UGGUUAUAUUAGUUCUUCGUCAACCGUCAACGACCUACUUCCUUACCUCUGUCUCCUCCGCUUUCCAAGAGCUAGGUCUCUCCUUCUUGCUCCCUCGUUGAUUUGUAAACUUCAUCAUCAUCAUUUUUGUUCACAAUUUAAAUAGUUUCUUAGCAACAGAAACUAUGGGUGGUAGGCCUAGCUCGAACGUGAAGAGGCACAUUGUGAAAAAUGUCACUUUGCCUGUGGACACAGUGCCUGAGACGAUUGAGAAUGAGACAGUCAAGAGCAAGGUGCCAUCUGUCUCGGUGCCUUCAGCGGAGGGUGAGAUCUUGCAGUCUUCCAAUUUGAAGUGCUUUGGCUUCAAUGAACUCAAAACAGCCACCAGGAACUUCCGUCCUGAUAAUAUGGUUGGUGAAGGUAGUUUUGGUUCAGUCUUCAAGGGGUGGAUUGAUGAGAAUUCAUUAACAGAUGCCAAGCCUGGUACUGGCAUGGCUAUUGCUGUGAAAAGGCCUAACCAAGAAGGUCUCCAUGGUCAGAAGGAGUGGCUUGCAGAGGUUAACUCCAUUGGAAAGCUGCAUCACCCAAAUCUUGUGAGGUUGAUAGGUUACUGCUUACAGGAUAGCUGCCGGUUUCUGGUGUAUGAAUUUAUGCCUCGUGGCAGCUUGGAUAAUCAUCUAUUUAGAAGGUAUUUUCAGUCUCAACCGCUCCCAUGGAGCCUUCGCAUCAAGAUUGCCCUGGGUGAUGCUAAGGGUCUAGCAUUUCUUCAUAGUGAUGAGGCAAAAGUGAUAUAUGGAAACUUCAAAACUUCUAAGAUCCUUCUUGAUUCAAACUACAAUGCCAAACUCUCUGGUUAUGGUUUGGCCAAGGAAGGGCUUCAGGGUUAUAGUAUGCUUCAGUUAUCUGAUUGUUCGUGUUCAAAGAGCAAUAAAUUCUACCAUGAAGAAGAAGACUUGACACCCGAAGGUGAUGUAUACAGUUUUGGGGUUGUUCUGCUUGAAAUCUUAUCCGGCAGACGAGCUUUGGAUGCUAACAGGCCAUCAGGAGAGCAAGAUUUAGUUCAACAUGCCCAAUCUGCCAAAAAAUGCAAACUUCACCAACUUUUUGAUGCUCGGAUUGAAGGCCAGUACUCUUCUGAUGAAGCUCGCAAAGCACUUAACCUUGCAAUGAAAUGCCUAUCAACAGACUCUAAGUUUAGGCCAGAUUUGAAUGAGGUGGUAAAAUUAUUGGAGCAGCUUCAGUCUUCUAGUGAGAUGGAGGACUUGGCUGCUAGGGCAUCUCUCAAAUCUGUUCUGACCUUGCCAAAUUUUUUAUGCCAAUUCAGGCAAUGUAUGGUCCCAAUCGUCGCCAGAAAAAAUGUCAAUCGGAUCAGCUGUGCAACACCUACUUAGGCCAUCCGUUUGCCGCAGUAUUUGACAGGUUUCAUAGAUACAUAUUCUGCUGCAGAACACAGAAUUUCAUUAUUUGACUUUUGUAAUUAAUACAUUUUCAAUUAAUUA